CGUUAGGUCGGAGUAAAAGUAAAUCCAUCUUACGAGCGUACCUCAGGCAGAGCGUUUACAAAAGAACUGGUCCAUCCUCACCUUCCAACCAGCCUCUUCCUUCUUCCAUCAGCAAGAUACAACAAUACAAACAACAACAUUGCAAACAUACAUAGCAAUAGCGAACACUACGAACAACAACAAGCAAGCACCAUACAAGCCAAGCAACCACCCAACCAAGUAUCCACCAUAGUGACUCAGAAAGUCCAAACAAAAACCACAAUGCCUUCCUCAGUCAGCUUUUCUGCUGCUACUCCAGCCAAAACAUCUAGCCAAUCCAUCUAUACUCGACCACAGAAGAAGCAGAAGAUGAGCAUCACUCAAACCUACUUCCUCGCUCACAGUGCCCGCGGCAAGCUCUCCAAGGAGGCUGCCCGGCCUGAUCACGACCUCCGACUCUUGGUCGGACACGCCAACAUGCUCGACUCUUUGAUGCUUGACUUGGCCAACGCCGAACAAGAACAGGAGCGAUGGUUCAACAACAUUGUUAAUGGAUCCGCCGAAGAAGAGGACUCCAAGGCUCACCAGGUUGAGACAAUCGUCGAGGAGUCCGAGGAGGAGGAGCAAUCCGAGGACGAGGCUGAAGUCACAGCGGUCGAGGUGGACUCUGAUAUGGAAGACGAUGAGGAGACCGACGGAGAACUCACUCUCACACGAACUGCCUCUCGACACUCGCCUCCCGAGCUAAGCCUGGACAGCGACUCUUCAGACUCUGAAGACGAGCACAUGCCACCCUCACCACCAGCCAUCACAUUCGAGACACUCAGCGAAAAGCAACGACAAGCCAUUGCUACCACAUCAUACUACGACGCCAAGUCACCAGUCGAGUCGGAAGCCUUUGAACAAGAAGGAUUCUACUUACCCUCGAGGCAACAGCCAACCAUAAUCGCUGCAUACUAGCAGGUUGAUUGACCGCCCUUUGAGAGUUAACGAUUUCCGACCUCUGAGCGACUUCGAUACCCGAGCGUUUCAGCAAUGUCUUUACGAGCAUGGUGUUUGGCAAAAUCUUUUUUGGGAAUUACCAAAUUGGUUCAGAAGAGAUCAAGCGGGCGGUGAAUUCGCUCAUCGACCAUCGGGGAAGGAGCCGGAGUUCCUUGCAACUACCAGAAGUCGUGGCUGAAAUACGCCAGCCUGGUGGAAACAACGAGCUUUGUCUUCUUCUCUGAUGCAUCGACUUGAGCACAUUUAUUUGUCUGCCGAUUUUCUAUGACUCUACUCUAUGUACUAUGAUAGUUCUCCCUCUUAGAGGUUGAGACUCACGAUCAAUACCAAAAGAUAUAUUUGAUCUCAAGAAC